CUACGGGACCCUUUACGUGGACGUACAGAUUUGUCGUCAACACAACAACUCAAGCGACUUCUAGCGCGACGUGCCUCGCGAGCUCGGAGCGGUGACGGACACCAGUCGAGCAUGAACGUGAACCAGGGGACGGUGGGCAGCGACCCGGUCAUUCUGGCCACGGCCGGAUAUGACCACACUGUCCGGUUCUGGCAGGCCCACAGCGGGAUCUGCACCAGGACAGUCCAGCACCAGGACUCGCAGGUAAACUCACUUGAGGUCACACCUGACAGGAGUAUGAUUGCAGCUGCAGGUUAUCAGCACAUCCGCAUGUACGACCUGAACUCCAACAAUCCCAACCCGGUGAUCAACUACGACGGUGUUAGCAAGAACAUCACGUCUGUUGGCUUCCAUGAAGACGGACGCUGGAUGUACACGGGAGGAGAGGACUGCAUGGCUCGCAUAUGGGACCUCAGGUCAAGAAACCUACAGUGUCAGAGGAUAUUCCAGGUCAAUGCUCCGAUCAACUGCGUAUGCCUGCAUCCCAACCAGGCAGAGCUCAUUGUUGGAGACCAGAGUGGAGUGAUUCAUAUCUGGGAUUUGAAGACUGACCACAACGAACAGCUGAUUCCUGAGCCGGACGUCUCAGUCAACUCGGUUCACAUUGAUCCAGAUGCCAGUUACAUGGCAGCGGUCAACAGCUCGGGAAACUGUUAUGUGUGGAACCUUGCCGGAGGCAUCGGAGAUGAGGUGACUCAGCUCAUCCCAAAGACGAAGAUCCCUGCACACAAACGCUACUCCCUCCGCUGCAAGUUUAGCCCUGAUUCCACUCUGCUGGCCACCUGCUCAGCAGACCAGACUUGUAAGAUCUGGAGGACGUCCAAUUUCUCUCUGAUGACGGAGCUGAGCAUCAAGAGUAACAAUCCUGGAGAGACAUCCAGAGGCUGGAUGUGGGACUGUGCUUUCUCUGGAGACUCCCAGUAUAUCGUCACUGCCUCCUCGGAUAACCUGGCCCGUCUGUGGUGCGUGGAGACGGGGGAGAUCAAGAGGGAAUACAGCGGCCACCAGAAGGCCGUGGUGUGUCUGGCCUUCAAUGACAGUGUGCUGGGCUGAGGAGGAGGAACAAGGACAUAAAAGCAAUGGACUCUUUGGAAGAUGUGCCUCACUUGGGAAUUAUGAAAUGAUCUUCUUGAUAAAGUUGAGGCUUGUGUUGGAACAUUACGAUGAAUCUCAGCUGUGUGUUCCAGGAUAUUCUACAGUGCUCCUCCUUGCCAAAUGUAUGCGAGUAUUCAGCGUGGCAGCAAGGCCGGCCAAAACGUAAAUUCAUAAAGUCGGAAAAUCCACCUUAAAGGACCGAGCACACCAUUUUGCGGGGAAAACUUGCGUACCAACAGUGUAGAAACGGGUAAGUCUAAUUGAAACAUGUUAGCCUUCAUUAACAAACGUCAUCACUGUGCACAAAAGUAGAUCCUUUCCAAUUCUUUGUUUUUAAAUCGUGCACCGUAUUUAUUGUCAGCGUGGUUUUCUUUCUCAUCUGUGGCAUGUAUAAUUCAUUUGAUGCUCUUUAUUCAAAGUUAAGUUGCGCUACCCUAAAUGAUCACGUGGAUUAGGAAGUGUCGAGAGAAACGAUGUACAGAAAAUGAUUCUGCUGUAAAGACGUCGUUCAAAGAA